AUGAAAAAUGUUGAUUCUUACUUAGAUACUUUAUUUGGAGAUUUUGCAACUACUAAAUGUUUCAAAUAUGCUCAAAAAAUAGUUUCUAUUAAAUCAUAGAAAAUUUUCCAAGAAUUAGACUCUAAUUAGUUAUUCAUAAAUGGAAAGAAAUAACAUUUAGAUUUGUCUUUUCGAUCCUAAACUGCUUAAAUUUAAAAUCCAACAAGGUACUAUAUCAAAAAUAGUAAGAAAGAUUGAUUGCUUUGGUCAAAUUGAAGCUAAAACAUAUACAAAAGAAGAGAUAGACUCUAUGAGAAAGGAACGAGGAUAGAGAGCAUAGAUAAAAUUAAAAUAAAUAUAAGAGACUUCAGAGAAGAGAAAACAUGACUUUAUGGAAUCUUGGAAAAAGACUUAAUAAAUUUAACAUCAGAAACCAUUAUAUUAAGUAUUAUAAGAAUAAGAGAAUGAAUUGAUAAAAUAAUAAUAACAAAUAAUAUAAUAAAAAUUAGAAUAAAUCAAAUUAGAAAGGAGACCUUUAAAUAAAUUAGAUUUUGAAGAACAUAGAAAAAAAUUUUGUGAUUUAAUUAUUUAACCAAGACUUAAAUCUAAUGAAUCAUAAAUAAAUAAUUAAAAAAAAUCUAUUAGUCCUGAGAAAUCUAUUUACUAUUUAAAAAUUCAAUAGGAAAAAGCUAAAUAAAAAUAAUUAGAAUUAGAGAGAAAAAAUCAUUUAAUGGAGUUAUAAGAGAAAAAGAAGAAUUUUUCAGAGGAAACAAAAAAAAGAUUUAAACCAAAGUUAAGUUUAGAUAAAUAAAAUGAGCUAUUAGAAAUUUAAAGUAAGUUACAUCAUAGAUCUGAUUUUUAAAAAUAUUAAGUUUUAGCAAAUAAAAUAAGAUAAAAAAAGAUUUCAUAUUAAAUAUAAGACACAGAUGAAGAGACUAAAUCAUUAAUUAAUUUUAUUAAAAAUAAAGAUUAGAACACUUCAUAUGAUAUUGCUAGUUAAGAUACUCAAUUACCAAAAUUUAAACAUAAAAGUUUUGUUAUUGAAACUAAUACUUAGCAUUAAAAUAUGAAUUAUUGGUAAAGAGUAGCUUUAAAUCAAAAUUUAUCAGUUAAAGAUAAGAAUCUAUUAAUAAUAGAGGAAGCAAAAAAGUAGAAAUAGAUUUUAGUUUAGGUUAGAACAUUUGGCAAAAUAAUAAGAGUAAUUAGCACGUGUUUCAGGUUAUGAUUGCUUAUAAGCAGACAAUCUUUUGAUUAGUUCGAUUAAAGCAAAGUUAACAGUUUUAGAAAAUUGA